AUGAUGACCGAUUCGGCGAUCCACGAGUCCACGAGCAGCGCCAUCUGCAGUCUGGAAAAAGAGAAGAAAGCGGGGAACGGCGUCAACGUCCAGUGGACUUAUAACAAGGGACGCACGAAAUGGAAACUAAUGGUGUGGGUGAGAAUGGAGUGGACAAAUGGUGCUCUGCUGGAGAUGGGUGAAGUUGCAGAAGAGUCUCUCAGGAAAUAUCCACCAGCACCAGUGCUGAACAGAGAGUGCAACCAAGACUACAAGAUACCAGACAGCGACGUCGUUCUGGAGAAGGGCACUCCAAUAGUGCUGUCUGUGCUGGGCCUCCACCACGAUCCCACGCAUUUCCCUGACCCCGACCGCUUCGACCCUGAGAGGUUCUCCGAAGAGUCCAAAGCUAAGUGCCACCCCUAUGUCUACCUGCCUUUCGGGGAGGGACCACGCAUUUGCAUAGGUAUGAGGAUGGGCCUGUUGCAAACCAAUGUGGGUCUCGUGAACAUCCUGUCGUAG